AUCUGAUUGUUCACCUGCAGCCGUGGUCGAAUGAUGCCGGCUUGCGCAGGCUCACCACACGAAAUUUGAAGACCUGCUGGCCCUUGAUAUACAGCCGACAUGGCAGAGAACGUCGCUGCCCGGACGGCAGUCAGUCCGCGAAGACCAAUGCACAUCAAGCGUGAGGGGACCGCGCCCGCGGGGCCCUCGUCCGACUCGCCUCGAAUUGCGCACACCUUGACUGCCUGCUGCCGAUGCAGAACGCGAAAGACACGAUGCGACCCAGGCCUGCCGCGCUGCGGGCCUUGCGAGCGCACAAACUCGCACUGCGAAUACUUCGAUCAGUCCAAAGGCACAAAGAUACCCCGAAAUUAUGUCGUCCACCUGCAGCACAAAGUGCGCGAGCUUGAACGCCGGCUAGAAGAGCUUGAGAAGGAUGACCUGGAGCCAGAGCCGGAGGAGAUGGUGCGCCACGGUGCGCGCGUUCACAUCCAGGAAGACGACGAGUCGAAGUUCCUCGGCCCAUCCAGCGGCAUCGCGAUAACGCGCCUGGUGAUGCAACUGGCAAAGCAGUUCACAGACUCAUCGAGUAUCACCCAAAUCGUGGACCAGCAGCAAGCUGCGCACAUCAAAGAGCAGUUCAAGCAGGAAGAAGAAAAACCGACGUCCAAGGUGUAUCCGCUGAUAAGCGACGUCGCCGCCGAGGAAUUACCCCAGCGAAAUCUCACCAACUUGCUGGUCGAGUUGUUCAACCUCAAAGUCAUGGCCAUGUAUCCUUUCUUCCAUGAGCCCACGCUUGCGCAAGACGUCGAAGAUGUCUACAACAACACCGAUGAUCCGUUCAAGAAUUUUGCCGUUCGCAUGAUCAUCGCAGUCAGUCUUCAACGAAUGGACACGCAGUAUGCCGGCUUGGCAGACAGCUAUUAUCUUGCUGCGCUCAAAUACAUGGAAGCUGCGAUCAAACCCAUGAACGUGCAGACAAUCCAGUGUUUCAUGCUCAUUGGAGCCUAUUCGCUGCUGACACCAACCAGGACUGCCGUUUACUAUGUCAUUGGCCUGGCAGUGAGACUGGCACAAGCUCUAGGGCUUUGCGAGGAAAGGACGCUGUCACUGCCUCUGAACGGGAAAGAGCCCAACGCAAUCGAAUUGGACAUGAGAAGACGCAUCUUCUGGAGUGUGGUCAACAUGGACUACGGCCUAGCACAUAGCUUGGGACGCUCUUCGUGCUUUGCCACUCUUCAGCAGCACAUUGACGUGAAAUGGUACGAAACUGUCGACGAUCAGUUCAUCACCCCUCAAGGCGUGAAGCCCGGCGCACCAGGAUCGCUAAAGAAGUGGAUUUCGAUCCAUUUUCACAAAAUGCGGCUGCAUCAACUAGAAAUCCGGAGGAAGUUGUAUCAGCGAAAACGAGAAACGCCAAAAGACGAGAAUGACCCGUGGUUCAUAGAGAUGGAACGCAAAAUCACCGAAUGGAAGGACGCAAGCCCUGAGACUGAUGUGGGCACCGGUCUAGACAAAGCUUGGUUUGUUGGUCGCUAUAACACAAUGAUCGCCAUGAUGUUCCGACCGACGCCACAAAUACCACGACCAACGCCGAGGGCGGCUAUGCGAUGCUACGAUGCCGUCGUGUCAAACAUCUAUAUGCAUCGAGCGCAGAUUCAAGCCCGUAAUGUCGACAUGACUUGGAUCUUCACGCAGGCGAUUUUCAUGACAAUCAACACCAUACUUUGGACGCUCUCGUAUUACGAGGUACGCGUCGCUCACCCGAAGGAACAAGUCCAGGCUCACCUUGACGUAGCUUUGGAAUGCACCAAGCAAGCUAUUGAAAGGUGGCCAGGUGUUGCAUCCGCCAUCGAGCUCUAUGGCAACUUGAUCAAGGCCUGCAUGAACAUUUACGAGAAAGACGGAGAUAUUCCCAUCGCUGCAGGAUCUCCCCCAGAAGCUGGUCCUGAUGAUCGCUCUCAAACAACGAGCCCCGUCUUCCAAACACUUGUGCCAGACAUGACGGCCGUCAAGCAGCAACCGUCGCCGGAAGAAAGGAAUGUCGCACCGUUUGGUUUCGUGCCGGACCAGACAACUUUCCGUUCCCCAUCGCAAUCGCAAAAUAUGAACCCGCCUGAUCGCAUGGGCCGAAUGAGCAUCAUAUCGGAAGGGUCAACGUCGAACCAACUCCUAAACGGACGCACGUCCACCGGCUCAUUUGGCAAUGUUUCUCAAUACUCUUUCGACGCAACCUUUGAUCCCUCGCGGUACACAAAUCCCCUGCCAGAAAAUUUCACGAAUUUCAACUGGAACCCAAGUUUCAACCUCACCACGGGAGGUGCGGCGGCCAACAUUCCGGCCUUGUCGCCUUUUGAUCAGCCAGCCUCGGGAAUGAACAACCUAAGCAUGGCACUUCAGGCGCCUGUGCAGUACUCCGACUACCUGUACCCACCUUCCUCUUUCGACAUUGACCGAACCGCCUCGGGGCUGAAUCAACAACAGCAUUCCGAAUUGAUGCACAACCUCGAGACACAAGGCACAGGCCAGAUUCAGCACAUGAUCAAUGCUUCUCAAGCAUUCUUAUACCCCCAUGGACGAGGCUACUGAGCUGUCUGGCACUGCUCGUUUCUUUCGCUCGUUCUUGCUAGCAAAUUCUGUUUCCCAAGAUAAUACCGUCACCCAUGGUGGUCUCUUGCCGACAAACACAUAGCAUUUGCAAACAAUAUUUCUGUUUUCUAGGUUGUCUCUUCUUUCUGAGUGGAACGGCGUUCGCUCUAUCCUAAACAUUGUAUUGAGUUUGCGUGUGCAUCUUAGCGUGGAGGAAAUGACUCGGAAUGAUCUCAAGAAGUGGACACGAAUUGAUGGACUUCAUGUACGAUCAGAUAUCUUCAAAGCAACACCAGUUGAUCUGGUUAUACAUGAGAAGGAAUUUUAUCAUACACCGUAGUUUCUCUAUCAAAAAGCUAGUAUUCGCUCA